AUGAACAGACAAACUUUUCAGGCAUUUGGCCAAAUCCUCUUAACCCUCCUGGUGACACCAGUCCCGGUUGUUCUCACCGGGAAGGUUCUUGUCUUUCCUGUGGAUGGCAGUCACUGGGUCAACAUGAACAUCUUGGUGGAGGCCCUACACGCCAAAGGUCACAACAUCACAGUCAUUCGAACGUCAGACAGCUGGUACAUCAAAGAAUUCUCACCUCACUACACAUCCCUUACUCUGGAUUCCCCUGGAGGGUUUGAUGAAGAGUUUAUCAAGGAAUUUGCAUCAAGAUUGCUGAACAUUUUAAGGGGGGGUUCCAUGUGGGCUCGUAUGAAACUAGAGAUGGAGAUGUGGGAAAAUAUUUCACAAAUGUUUAAAGUGGAAAGUGAGAUGGUUGUGAGCUUGUUUGAAGACCAGAAGCUUCUGCAGUCCCUAAAGGAAUCCAACUACGAUUUGAUGCUCACAGAUCCAGUCAAGUUUGGAGGUGUAAUACUGGGGCAUUAUCUUAAACUGCCUAUCGUCUACAAUGUCCGUUGGACUUUGUACAAUGAGGCUCAUUUUUCAAUAGCUCCUUCACCGCUGUCUUAUGUACCUCUGCCAAUGCUGGAGUUAUCAGACCGCAUGCAUUUUUCUGAAAGAGUGAAGAAUGUGUUAAUGUACGUCGUAGCUCAAACACAGGUCGCUCUCAUGAUCGCUCCAACGUAUAAUGCACUGUGUCACCGAUUCCUUGGCCCAGGGGAAUCAUUUGAAAAUGUAAUUCAAAACGCUGAUCUGUGGCUCCAUAGGGUUGAUUUUAUUUUUGAGUUUCCAAGGCCCACUAUGCCAAACAUUGUCUACAUUGGUGGCUUUCAGUGCAAGCCAUCAAAGCCUCUUCCACAGGAUCUCAAGGACUUUGUGCAGAGCUCUGGAGAUCAUGGUGUCAUCGUCAUGUCUUUGGGAACUCUAGUUGGUCAGCUUCCUGAUGAUGUGGCCGAGGCCGUUGCUGAAGCUUUUGCAGAACUUCCACAGAAGGUCAUCUGGAGAUAUAAAGGAAGGAGACCAUCUGCACUGGGAAACAACACCUUAGUAAUGGAGUGGAUACCUCAGAAUGAUCUUCUGGGUCAUCCUAAAACCAGAGCUUUUGUAGCUCAUGGCGGAACAAAUGGUGUUCAAGAAGCCAUCUAUCAUGGUGUACCAAUCAUUGGAUUUGGGCUGAUCUUUGACCAGCCUGAUAAUCUUUCAAAGAUGAGAGUCAAGGGUGUAGCCAAGACCGUAGACUUUGGCACAGUGGACAAGAACUCUUUCCUUGAAACUGUCAAAGAGGUUCUUUAUGAACCCAGUUAUCGGGAGAACAUGCAGAGACUGUCAAGACUUCACAGAGAUGUUCCAGUCAAACCUCUGGACAACGCCAUCUUCUGGAUUGAGUUUGUAAUGAGGCACAAAGGUGCCGCUCAUUUACGCACAGAGUCGUACAAAAUGCCCUGGUACUCGUAUCAUUCUGUUGAUGUCAUACUGUUCUUGCUGUUUGCUGUGAUGCUCAUAACCCUGACCACAUAUGCAUUUAUCAGAUAUUUAUGCUGCAGAAUAUUAAAAAAAAAAAAAAAACUAGAAUGA